AUUCUCCCUAAAACACCCACACUCCAAUCCCUACAUCUCUCCGUCAAUCUUUUUCCGAUCGGAUUUACCCGGAUCCACACCCGCCGACCCGAAUCCACCCCUUACACCCCAAUCAUUAGGGUUUUGACCCGCCGCCGACGACGACCACCACAUAAAACGCCCAAAUCACCAAAUUAGGGUUUCAAAUUUCAAAUUCAAAUUCAAAUUCCAAUCUCCACAUUCAACGAUUACUAUGCCGAAAAGCUCUCGAAGCAAAUCGCACAAGCAAAGCAAGCACAGAGAGUAUUCCGGUUCCGAUGAGGACGUGAAAGUGAAAGAGAAGAGUAACAAUGGCGGUAAAGAUAAAGAGAAAGAAGACGGUGUUGGUUCAGUUAGGGUUUAUAAGGAAUCAGGAGAGAGAAGGAAGCAUGGGAGUAAUGGAGAUGUGGUUGAUAGGUGGAACGGUGGAAGUAGUGAUGAUAAAGGAUUGGUUAAUGUUGAGGAUAAUAAGGAGGUGUUGAAGUCGAAAGAUGCGUCGAAAAGUGUCGGUGAUUCGAAGAGUAGGAGUAGUAGGAGACAUGAGGGGGAUAGUGUGAGUUUAAUUGGAUUGGAGAAGGAAAAGGAGAAGGAGAAGGAGAAGGAUCGAGGCGAAAAGCGGAAAUCGGAUAAGGAGUAUGUGAAGAAGGAGAAGGAGUAUAAGGAAUCGAAGGAUAGAGAUCGCGGUUCGGAUAGGGGGAAGAGAGGUUAUAGUGAUAAGGUUGAUGAGGCGGUUUCGAAGGGAGUCGAGAAUCCAUCGAGUAAAAAAGGAAAAGAAGUCACUGAAUGGCCAAUAGAAGAAGAGUUACGAAACCCCGAAUUAGAAAAGGAGCUCGAGAAGAGGAUGAGAAGAAGAGGAGAAGCUUCUAGUGCUAAAGAUAAAUAUCAUGAUGACGUAAAAGAAACCGAAGAUAGACAUUUAUCUACAAGAAAUGACCGUUCGAAAGACGAAAGGCAUAAAAACGAAGAACACGGAGAUGUUAGAGAAUCCCGACAAAAGGACGAAAAACAUCGGGAAGAUGGUGAACGCGAUAGAAAAAGUCGGGACGUUAAACAUCGAAGUGAGAGUGGAAGAUAUAACAAACACAGGGACGACAAAUACCAUGAAGAUAAGUAUAGCGAAGACGGUAAUAAAGAAACUAAAUAUAAAGACGAUAAAUAUAUCGAAAACAGUGAUAAAGAUGAAAGAAGUAGAGACCGAAAACGCAGACAAGAGGAUGAUAGAGAUUAUAAACAUAAGGAAGAGAAGAAAGCGCGCGAUUCCAAGUACCGAGACGUACCCGAAGCCAAACGUUUACGGGAUGAUAGUGUUAGGAAAACAAAUAAUCGAGAUGGAAGUCCGGUUUACGAUGAUCGUAGAUAUAAGGAUGAUAAAGAUAGUAGAAGAGGCAAUGAAAAAGACGAGGCUAGUGAUUAUAGAUCCCGUAGUAGCGCUAAAGAACAGCGAUCUGAAUCGGAAAAGAGAUCAAGCGCUAAAGCUGAUUCAGCUUCUGAAUGGGGACGACACGGUUCUCGUUAUGCUGACGUGGAUAUUGCCGCCGGUCAUAGCCGUCGUAGGAGUUCACCUAGCGGGAGCUCCUAUUCAACAAGAGAUCAUCGAACGAUAGAUCGAUUUUCAAAGCAAGAAGAAACGAAGUACCGGGAUCAUGCUUAUGAAGAUCGAGCUCGACAUAACAUUCAUUCAAGUAGAGAUUACGAGUCUGCCCCUGGACAAUCAGAUAAGAAAGUUAUGUCGAAGGAUGACGGUUACGCGGGUGGUGAUAUUUCUGGGGAAAAACGACCUCGUUCUUCACCACAAGUUGAUAAAUCCCCGGGAUCAACUAGUAACGAACGCAGGAACUUGAUUAAAUCUGAUGCUAGAAAAAGUCUUGACCUUGAAGAACCGGGCCCACGAAGCGGUGGUGGUUAUAAAGAUACUGUUAAGGAUGGUAAAGGAAGUCGGGAACUGGCUACCGAAGCACAAGUUGAUAACGAUAAUUUAUCGGUUUCGUCACCAUACACCCGAAACUCUCAUUUUUCUGGUAAUUCAAAGUCUCUCCUACCACCUCCAUCUCCAUCUACGUUUGGUUCUACAGAAGAUGACAGAAAUAAGUCAAACAGCCGGCACCGGAGGAUGGUUGACCCGAACAUGAAUAGAGGUCAAAGUCAAGGACCAGGUCAAAGUCAAGGUCAAGGUAAUUGGAACAACGUCCCGAAUUGGCCUUCACCGAUGGCAACCGGUGGUUACAUCCCGUUCCAGCAUGUUCCACCACCGAUGUUUCAUCCUCUUAUGCCGCAGUUUCCGCCACAAAUAUUCGGUAGACCGCCAAUGAAGCUUAACCCUGGUUUGCCUUACCCUGUUCCUGAUCAUGGCCGACCGCUUACGUGGCGGAAUCAAGUGGAUGAAUCGGGCCCACCGUUGCAUGGGUGGGAUGCUAACAAUGCUGUAUUUGGUGACGAAUAUUGGGACCAUAGGAACCGAGGGUGGGACCAAAACGGCGAAAUGUGGAAGAACCAAAACGGUGGAGGAGGUGCAGAGUCGGGUCAACAGAGGUCAAACGAUGAAAACUGGUCCGGGCUGGCAGGUCAGUCUGAUGAGGGUGAAAAGAACCAACCCGAUACGCAGCCCGAAACCUUGAAUCUUGAUAAAAACGAGCCCGCAGCUCAGAAAGUGACUGAAAGUCCUCAUGUCUUCGAGGCUGUCAAAGAGGACAACAGUGCACGUAUUUCAAAAACCUAUCUUUCUAGGGUUGACGUGUCGAAAGAUCUUACGCAACCCGAGCUGUAUGACCAGUGCACUAGCAUGAUGGAUUUGGAUCAUGAAGCGUUAUCGGAUGAAUUCGACUACAAGAUUUUGUUUUUCGAGGAGGGUGUAGAUGUCGAUGUCACCGAUAGUGCUUCACUAUUUGCGGUCACAAACGAAUCUGUUUUUCAGAAAGCGAUGUACCUUUACAAGAAGCAAAAGGAAGAUUUUCAUUUAACGAAUACGGAUAAAGAGAUAGGUAGUGUAGAUGACGGUAAGACGGCCGCUGAGGGGACGGUUAUCGAGGUAUUUAAGGAAAACGAUGAAGCACCGAAUCAACCCGAGGAAGCAAUGAAUAUUGAGGUGGAUGAUUCUGUCGUAAAGCAAGAGGAAGAAGAACGUGAGUCAGCCGAGGUUGCAGUGAAAGAGAGUGACGCAUCUUGUGAGGUCGAAGAUGCAAGCGGGUCCAUCAAUGAUGAGAAGAAUGGUGGUGAUGAUCCAUUGGUGUUAUCUGAUUUGUCAACUGCUGACGUGGCAGUGAUGCCAACAGAGUCUGUUGAGUUUGGGUCGGUAAAUAAUCGGAUACAUCACCAUUCUCCUGAAAGUACACAUUGAGAACAUUUUUUUUAUAUUUGUGCGUUUGAAAUGUCGUCGUCCCUAGCUCCUAUUUUAUUAGCGUUGCUCCUCGAUUAAUAAAACUUUUCCCGUUCCAUUA